CUUUGAUCUCAUUCGGAUACUUCUAAACCAUACAACUCCUUUGACGCUUCAUUUCUUGUCGCCGGUCGACAUUCGUGAUCCCGUCAUCCAGUUCAGACGACUUGCCGGCCUUGUCGAUUUUUUGUCUAUAUCCAACUUCUAUCUAAUCUCUGGUUGCGUGUCAAGGACUGGAUCCUGUCAAGCAAAGCCUCGUUGUUAUAUUUGCACAGCCAUCCAACCAACAUUUCCAACAACACAAGGCUGGACUGAAUCGACUCUGGUAGUCCUUCUGCUCCGCCUUUAUAACGACGACUAAUCCACCAUUGACACGAUCUACCAUUGCAUCUGGCUUCUGCAUAUUAUCUAAUUCCUAGUAUAACCUGGUCAAUCUCUCAACAUGUCUGCUGUUCAGCUCAAGUUCUCUCUUCGCACCUCCUCCAAUGUCAAGACCGUCCACCUGGUCGGCUCCUGGGACAACUACUCCCGUCAGAUCCCUCUUUCUCGGGAUGACGGCAAGCCAGGCGCAUGGGUUGGCAAGUUCCGCUUCCAGACCUCCAUGCUGAAGCUGGGUGGUCGCUACUGGUACUACUAUAUCAUGGACGGUUACCACGUCUCUCAUGAUCCCGCUGUUGAGUACACCGUUGAGCCCACCACCGGCCGCAAAUUGAACAUCCUCGAUGUUCCCGGUGGCAAGAAGUCCUCUCAGCCAGCCCCAAAGCACCGCCGGGGCUCGGAAGACUUUGUCAAGGGCCGCGCUCCAUCUCCGUCCAAGAUCCAUCACCCCAAGCCUUCCAAGCCAUAUGCCUCCCGUCAAAUCCGGGAGACGGACUUUGCUCCCACUAUGGAGGACCUUACCAUGCGGUUUGCCGAUUCCCGGCUGUCCGAUGAGUACUCGCUCUCCAACAGCCCGCCCAGCUCCGUUGGCUCGUCCCUGUCCUCUCGCUCUUCCGGCAGCACAUCUCCGUCGUCGCUGUCGUCGAUGAGUGACCCGCCCACACCGAUCUGCCAUUGUGAGCGUUACGGAAUCACUCGCAAGGGUGAUCGGGUCAAGCUUGACUGUGGUGGCAGCCGAUGCGGCUAUGUUACCGAGUCAUCCGAGGCCAGCUGCUCGGAGUCCGACAGUGAUGAAGAGUACCGCCGUGCCCGCAGCGCCGUCCGUCGCCAAGGCAUCGUGGUGCGGAGGUAAACCAUGACAAGCGUUGGUGCUUUUUGCAUUGCUUUACACAAUCUUCCCCUUAUGGGAGUCGCUUCCCUGGCUGAAA